GAUUAAAUCAGAAAUCAAUUCAGUUGACUGUUUUGUUCGUUGCUUGCCGAACGUUCCGCUAGCUGUCACGUAAAUAAGUUUAAAUAAUAGAUAGUAUGAUAUUGUUGAAUUCCCUUGUAAUAUGCUUCUGCAUAAUUGCUUGUGGAGCGCAAGACUCUUCGUUGGACAACUUAAUUGCGGACAUCUUUAAAACCGAGGAAACCCCUAGCUCCACCACAAGAGCCACUCCUGUUGUCAAUCCAAAAGAUUCGUCAAGUAGCACAGGAUCGGGAACAGGAUCAGGAUCAGCCCAAUAUCAGUCAUGUGGCAUUCAAAAAGAGUGUGUUCCCCGUUGGCUGUGUGCUAAUGACACGAUUAACACCAGUGGCGAUGGAAUAAUUGAUAUUCGAAUCGAUACAGGUUCAGAAUGCAAAAAUUAUUUGGACCUGUGCUGUGAUCUUCCCAACAAGAGAGUUGACCCUAUAAUCACAAUUGAGCCUGAACAUCCCGAUGGCUGCGGAUAUCAGAAUCCGAACGGUGUUGGCUUUAAAAUUACCGGAGCUGUAAACCAGGAGGCUGAAUUUGGCGAAUUCCCUUGGAUGCUAGCAAUUCUUCGAGAAGAAGGAUCACUCAACUUGUACGAAUGCGGAGGAGCUUUAAUAGCUCCAAAUGUUGUUUUAACUGCAGCUCAUUGUGUUCACAACAAACAACCGAGUUCCAUCGUUGUUAGAGCUGGGGAAUGGGAUACGCAAACAAAGAACGAAAUUCUACCACAUGAGGACCGCUAUGUAAAGGAAAUUGUAUAUCAUGAGCAGUUCAACAAGGGAGCCCUUUAUAACGAUGUUGCUGUUAUGUUAUUGGAAAGCCCAUUUACCCCCGAACAGAAUAUUCAACCUGUUUGCUUACCCAACAUUGGGGAUAACUUUGACUUCGAACGUUGUUAUGCUACCGGCUGGGGCAAAAAUAAGUUUGGCAAGGAUGGAGAAUACCAAGUUAUCCUGAAAAAGGUUGACAUGCCCGUAGUGCCAGAACAACAAUGUCAAACAAAUCUUCGUGAAACUCGUCUCGGAAGGCACUUUAUUUUGCAUGAUAGCUUUAUUUGUGCUGGCGGAGAAAAGGAUAAGGAUACCUGCAAGGGUGAUGGCGGUUCCCCAUUAGUAUGCCCCAUAAAAGGACAGAAGGGUAGAUUUAUGUCCGCCGGCAUAGUCGCCUGGGGGAUCGGCUGUGGAGAGGUUAACAUUCCCGGAGUUUAUGCCAGCGUAGCCAAACUUCGUCCGUGGAUCGAUGCAAAAUUGAAAAUAUGGAAUAUUGACCCCAAAUAUUAUACACCCUAAAAACAAGAUGUAAUACUCAAAAAUUAAAAAUUUAAAGUAGAAGAAAAACUACUUAAAAAUACUUAACGAUAUACAAACAAUAAAAAUAAA